AUUUUGGAUUCGGGCGGAAAUGAACUCAAAAGCGGCUGGUUAAAAACCCAAACAUGAAAACCGGGAUGCCCCUGCAGUCGGGCUGAAGACACACGCAGAGAGGCUUCCCUGCCGCCAGAGCCGGCUGCCGGGAACAGGCGUGCGGCGCAGGCUCCCCUGGCGCCCACACCUACCCGGGCCCGCGCCCUCGCAGCACCUGUGCGGCCGCUCUAGCUCGGUUCCGGGUUCGCGCCUCGGUGGUGGCGUCGGAGGAACUGAAGGCCCGGCUGUUGAGCCGCUUCCGGGCCCUCGGAGAGCCGCCGGAGCCGGGUCCUCGGGGGUGUCUGUGGGUGGAGGAGCCGGGGUCUGAGCGUCGGAGCCAGCCGCGGGCCAAGAGGGAGCGGAGCCGCCAGCCUCCUCCCGCCGCCCGCAGAGCUGUUUGGAUUUGAGGAGGAGCUGCAGAACUGCCUCACGGCAACAGGGAUGGGAUCAGAGAACAGCGCUUUAAAGAGCUACACACUGAGGGAGUCUCCUUUUACCUUACCAUCUGGACUUGCUGUUUAUCCCGCCAUAUUGCAAGAUGGGAAAUGUGCUUCCGUGUUUGUAUAUAAGCGAGAAAAUGAAGACAAGGUUAACAAGGCUGCCAAGCACUUAAAGACACUCCGUCACCCUUGCUUGCUAAGAUUUUUAUCUUGUACUGUGGAAGCAGAUGGCAUUCACCUCGUCACUGAGAGAGUGCAGCCUCUGGAAGUGGCCUUGGAAACCCUGUCUCCUGCAGAAGUCUGUGCUGGAAUCUAUGACAUACUGCUGGCUCUUAUCUUCCUUCAUGACAGAGGACAUUUGACACACAACAAUGUCUGCCUGUCGUCUGUUUUUGUGAGUGAGGAUGGGCACUGGAAGCUUGGAGGCAUGGAGACUGUUUGCCAAGUUCCUCAGGCCACGCCAGAGUUUCUCAGGAAUAUCCAGUCAGUAAGAGACCCAGCAUCCAUUCCUCCUGAGGAGAUGUCUCCAGAAUUUUCAGGCCUUCCCGAGUCCCACGGCCACGCCCGGGAUGCCUAUGCCUUUGGAGCUUUGGUGGACAGCUUGCUCCCCAUCUUCAAUGAGCAGGGUUGGUUUUUGCUCUCAUCAGUCUCCAGCUAGAGAGGUCCGAAAAGAGGGAGAAGGCCUGGAACUAACUGUAGCUCUGGAUUUCAGUUUCAGCGGACGUUCUCUCCAGCUUCCUACAGAUCCUGCACUCAGCUCUGCUGAACCCCAUGCCCGAGUGUCGGCCAGCACUCAGCACCUUACUGUCCCAUGAUUUCUUCAGGUGAGGGCAUCAUGUGACACACUACAGAGAGGGAAAGAGAGGAAGAGAGAGAGAUUGGUUUGCCUUUCAGGUUUUUAUCACAGAAAGUUUGAAAACUUCUCAGCUGUCAUGAAGGAAUUAUAUCCAGAUUCAGUAGGAAGUUUGAUUAGAAAGAACUAGUCCGUGUCAAAUAGUUUUCAGUUGGAAACUAAUUGAGAAAGUAGAUAAAGUUGAUAAGCAUGGCCCCGCCUUGUGCUGCCACUGCAUUAUGGGUGCCUGUUCUCUGAAUCUGUCUUGUUGAGAGGGGGCAGGUUUGUGUUUCGUCUGGCAGUAGAUGGUUCCCUUAGUCUCAGUGUAUAGGCGUUGGUCAGAGGGAAGGACACAGAAUAAACACCCCGGGUUCACAGAUGGUUUUGAACUUCAAGGUUAGUUUUAAUUACGUUUUUUUUUUUAUUUCUGUAACCACAGAGCUUGUGCCCAGGUUAGUUCCAUGUUUGUGAGUUUUAUUAACAAACCUAACCCAUGUUUCUUAAACAAAGUAUGUUUAUGUGUUUGUACUUAGAGCUUGGAAGGGAUCAGAACAGAAGGAAGGAUACAGCCUCCCCAAGGAAGAUGAGGCCUCUAGAGAGGCACCGUGUGGUGGGGUGUUACUAAGUUAGUCCUGUAGUCACCACAAGUACAGUUGACAUUUAUGUUUGUGAGAAAAUGUUUUGGACUUUUCCCAAUAUAGCAGGUUCCCUCCUCCAUUUCUUAAAUUGGGAAAUACAAUUGUAUAUAUUUGUGUUUAUAAGUCUGUCAACAGUUAUUAUUUUCUUGUAUUUGUAGAUGAAUUUUAGAAAUACUUUAUUUCUCAUGCUAUCAUAGUCUCUAUAAAGAUAAUUCAUUAUAGUAAAUUGUUACCACUAUAUGUAACUCAAGUUCUUUAAGAACUGUGUAAUAGUGCAGAGGGAAGAAAAUCAUCAAAGCGCAUUCCAGGCCACAUCAGACAUCCGUGUGUGGCAGGAGGAGCAAACUGCCGGAAGCAGCAGGGUGGAGCAGGCCAGCUCCCUCCCUGAGGCAGUUGCUUCUGUUAAAGCGCUUGUGCAUUAGCUCCGCCUCUUUGGGAUACACAGGUCCACUUCGAUUGGACAGGAGUCUUUAAAGGUUCUUUGUUUUUUAGACUUAAAAAAAUUGAAACUCUGUGACAAAUGUUACAGCCUAGAAAUACCAAAGGAGGAAAGGAUGUGGUGGACACAUAAAAUAAAUGUAGAUGGUCUGCUUAUCGCCUAGGGCCAUGAAAGGUAAACAACUUGUCUCUUAGGAGAAGUUUACGAUUAUGAGCACAUACAUUUAUAGUCCACAUACGCUACCAUUUGCGUGAGAAAUGUAAACAGACAUAAAGAUGUGGUAUUAAAUUAUAAAUGCAAAAAAUUCAUUGGAGCGCAUAUUACUGGUAUGCUAAGCAUUUCAAGCAUCACCCUCAAGCAGCACAUGACACAAAUCAUCUCAACAAACGCAGAAAAAUGGCUCACGUCGCACAAAGUGGUUUCUUGAGUUUCUGGUGUAUUUCCACUGUCUUUUAAUUUACCCACCAUAGAAAAGUUUGUGUUUAGACUGUUUUCAGUAAAACUACUGGUCAACAGGCUAAUGAAAAUUAAGUCUUGGUAAAAGUUAAAAGUAACACGAAUUUUUAUGUGGAGGAAAUCAUGGAAGAUAGGGCCUUAAUAAUGAAUUGUUCAAGAAUCACAUAUAGGUGUCAGCGUGAGAAUGAAGGCAGUACCUGUGCAUGCCAAGCUGUGUGCUUAAGUGUUGGGCAAUAUGGUAGGGAUAUGCUAGGACGGUAUGGUAGGGAUAUGCUAGGACGGUAUGAUAGGAUAUGCUAGGAUGAUAAGGUAGGGAUAUGGUAGGAUGGUAUGGUAGGGAUAUGCUAGGACGGUAUGGUAGGGAUAUGCUAGGACAGUAUGGUAGGAUAUGCUAGGAUGAUAAGGUAGGGAUAUGGUAGGAUGGUAUGGUAGGGAUGUGGUAGGAUGGGAGCCAUGCUGUCUUGGAACAGAAUAGUUUACAGGUUUGGAACUAUCUGUAGACUCUUCAGAAACUGGCCUUGCCUAGGUCCAAAAGUCAGAAAAAUGAGAAAACACUGGUGACUUCUAUAAAAGUUCCAUUUCCUAGAUCCUCUUUGGUGUUUUCACUUCACCACAGGGGACUUGGGGAUCAGCAGCUUCUUUGAUAGUGCCACUUCUUCCAGGGUAGUCCACUUAAUCAGUGUCUGUGACAGUGAGAGCAUUGGAAAGGUGUGGUCACUGCUGAAGCCUAAGGACAGCAGCAAGUGCCCUUCCAUUAUAUCCUCUCACAGUAGGCUCCUCUAUUACAUCCUCUCACAGUAGGCUCCUCUAUUACAUCCUCUCACAGUAGGCUCCUCUAUUACAUCCUCUCACAGUAGGCUCCUCUAUUACAUCCUCUCACAGUAGGCUCCUCUAGGCUUGCUGUUUGUUUCUCUCAUAAGCACUUUGAAUCUGUCGUAUGGUGUACGUAGAGAGCUAGAGAUCGUUUCUUCAUUGCAAGUCCUGGUCUGCUCUGUACUGAUGGCUUCAACACCUAACAUUAACAUGCCUUUUACCUUGUUGUCCUGCUGUUUCCUCACAUUUAGAAAUGAUUUUCUAGAAGUUGUGAACUUCUUGAAAAGCUUGACAUUAAAGAGUGAAGAUGAAAAGACUGAAUUUUUCAAAUUUCUGCUGGACCGAGUGAGCUGCCUGUCAGAAGAAUUAAUAGCUUCAAGAUUGGUGCCUCUUCUGCUUAACCAGCUGGUGUUUGCUGAGCCAGUAGCUGUUAAGAGCUUUCUUCCCUAUCUACUUGGUCCUAAAAAAGAGAACGCACCAGGAGAAACCCCUUGCUUGCUCUCGCCAGCGCUGUUCCAGUCCCGAGUGAUCCCUGUGCUUCUCCGGCUGUUCGAGGUGCACGAGGAGCACGUGCGGAUGGUGUUACUGUCCCACAUCGAGGCCUACGUGGAGCACUUCACUCAGGAACAGCUAAAGAAAGUCAUCCUGCCACAGGUACUACUGGGCCUUCGUGAUACCAGCAAUUCCAUUGUGGCAAUUACUCUCCGUAGCCUGGCAGUGCUGGUGUCUUUACUUGGACCAGAAGUGGUUGUGGGAGGAGAACGAACCAAGAUCUUUAAGCGCACCGCUCCAAGCUUCACCAAAACUAGUGACCUUUCCCCUGAAGGUUCUCCCAUGCAUGUUGUCUGCAGCCAGCAGAGUCGGGUCUCAAAAGUCUUGGAGGACCCCUCGUCUAACGUAUUCCCUAAAUGGUUGUCUGGCAACGUGCCCAGCAGCAGCAGGAAGCGCAUACAGGAAGAAUGUUACAGCUCUCUCUCACAGACAGGUGAUCAGUUUUCUCACACCAUUAAAUUCCCUAUGAAUGGACUCUCAGAUGUGAAAAACACUUCAGAGGACAAUGGAAGCUUCCCUGCAGGUUCUAAUAAGCCCGAGGAGUGGCCUGACUGGAGCGAGCCUGAGGAGCCUGAGCAGCAGCCUGCCAGUAUUCACAGAUGGCCCCGAGAACCCUGUGAUGUAGCAGAGUCCCAGCACACAAACCUGACCGCAGAGGAGGUGACCUGGGAUGAUGGUGAGGCUAGCUUUGGCACUGAAAUAAACUCAACAGCUACAGCCUCUGCUCCUGUGCCUGUUACCUCAGGGGGACAGUCAACCUCUGCAGCUUUGGUUCCUCUCACUGAAGAGUCAAAGCCUUUGCAAUCCAGUCCUUCCUCAAAGACCAGUCAUAGACAGCAUGAGGAAGUCAAACCACCCCAAGUGUCACAAGAAAGACCCCUGAAGGCUCCGUCAGGACUUGGUUUGGGAGAAGAGUUUACCAUUCAAGUAAAAAAGAAGCCAGUACAAGACCCGGAGUUGGACUGGUUUGCAGAUAUGAUCCCAGAAAUUAAGCCUUCAGGUACUUUUCUUAUUCUGCCUGAACUAAGGACAGAAGUGAUGGUCCCUGACAAGGAUAACGUCUCAUCACUGAUGCAGUUUUCCUCAAAGUUUGCUGCAACAGAAAUGACCGAGGGAGAGGCAGAAGGCUGGGAAGGAGAAGAGCUAGCCUGGGAAGAUAACAACUGGUGACGAUAAUGAAAAGCUUCAGGAAGAAUUCUCAAAGAAUUAAUACCUCAAAGCAAGCUGCAUGGAUGCAAAACCCCAAAGCAGCUUGUGUUCCCCACACCAGGAGCUCUUUUUUGCAGUCUGUGCCAAGUCAAGCAGAGACCAACCUCAGGUUGCUGACUAAGUCCUGGUGGCAAAAGGCUUCGGUGCCAGAGUCCAGGAGAAAGUGCUGUGUGCACUUGACUGAGGCCAGUUUCCAUACAAAGCAAACAGCUAAAGAAGUGCUUUUUUCCAGGACAAUUCUGGAAGAAAUAAAAAAUUCAAGCUGGUAAGCUUAAUUUUGUGCCAUUUCUUUAAAAGAGUAAAUUCUAUUAUGAAAUAACUUAGUGGAAAAAGAAAACAAACAAACCUAGCUGUAAAUUAUAACUUCAGACUGCUAAGGCUCCUUAGGCAGUUUGUCUGUUUACAGUCUGUCCCUCUCCUUCGGACCUGGGCAGUUACUGUUUCACCUGUAUUACACUGGACCAAAGCUCUCAAUGAGAAAUACCCACCCUCAUCUCCCAUCUUGUUCUUUAUGUCAAAUAAAGAUUAUUUUCACAUUUACAAAAGCUCUUUUAUGUGCUAUGAAAAUAUACAAACAUAAUUUACAUUCACAAUUUCAUUUACAAAACACCCAGGCAGGCAUCUGAAGAGUCAGCCCAGUUCUGUCGAUACACAGGCCAUUCAUAUUUUACCCUGUAAGCACACAGCGUUUUAGCUUCUCGAUCCUUCCUUGCAGCGCCUCCAGUUCUGGCAGCAGCCAUGCUGGAGCAAGAGAGUGUUUGAGUAAAAACUCAGUUGUCUCCAAAGCCCUUGCUGCAGCUUUAAAUACUGAUCUGUAUUCUUCUUCAAAGGGCAACACCCGACGGGCUCUCUUUGUGUGAGGCUGGAAAAUAAGGAAAUCAUGAAACAAGUAAUACAUAAUACUCAUUCUAAAAAUAAUAUAAGAGAAACUAGUCAUAGGAUCACGAAGAAGGCAGCCUUCCCAUUUGUAUUAACAAUAACCUAAAUGUGCUACUACUCUCCACGUCCUAACUUGUAUGUGGCAGACAAGAAGUCGCACUGUGCAACGGUUCCCAAUGAUAAAUGCUGUCUUGUCCAACAACUAUCCACGAGUAGUCUUUAAAAACAUCAUUAAGGAAAUAAAACAUGAAUUUCCUAAUAAGUUUGUAAAUGCUGAGAGCCAUAAUACCUUUCAACAUACUUUUGGAGCCAAUUAAGGAAAACUAAGGCUCCAGACAUCUUGCAUAGAAGGGGAAGAGGAACUGAGGUGAAACUAAAACAUAUCUUAACAACUAGUUUUUCAAAGGGAAGUCACAGUUUAAAUUCAUAGGGCUUUCGAACACAACUGACUUAAAUUGAACUUUAUAUAUAUUCAGGCCUACAGCUACAUCCAAGAAAACAAGUUACUAUUGCACUAUAAACCUAGAACAUUGUUUUCCUUAGGACCCUAUUCUAUCACCUGUGUUCAAAACACAAUUUUGAAUGUAUGUAGUCGUGUCAAAUUUCUGCCAAUUAAUAGGUACAUGUGAUAUUUGAGAAAAGUGAUUAUUAUUGAUGAGAUGAAUUGAACAAACUGACAUCUAAGUGUCAGAAAAUGCAUUUAUGUCAUCAUUGGUACAAUAUGCAAUUACCAAUAAUAAAGAGUAUAUUUGGUACAAUGGUUACAAUUA